AUGCCAGAAGAAGCAACCGAUCUGACGAAACUCUCAGCUUACGUUAUUAAAGAUACUGUCCGGGAUUUUAAAGCAAAAUAUGGGCACUUGGAAGGAAAGACACCUCAAUAUCAAACGACGUUUCAAACACUAUCAAAGUGGGAGGCAGCGAUGGAUAAUGGGCUUUCGUUGGCUAAACCUCCACACGUCGAGCACUAUUUGAAUUACGUGAAAAAAGUCAACUCGGACUUUGAAUCGAGUCUUCAAACGUGGUAUCCGAGUAAUUGUGCCACGCUCGAUAAGGAAGAUAAGAUUUUACAGGAAUGGUACAGCCCUCCCAAUAUUCCUGAUUUCACGAAAAUGUCAAAACAAGAAAUAUUGGAUAUUUGCAAAAAAUUACCCUCCCAUCCGAGAUUUGAUUCCAAUGUUCAAUCUGUAAUUUCAUGCAUCGAAAGAUAUGACAAGCUAGUACAGUACAUCAAAUUGGUGAAGGAUUAUUAUUGCAUCUUGAACGGAAUAUUCAACCCAACGAAAGAAAUUGCUGAAAGAUGUCAACGAUUCAAAUCUAGCGCAGUGUUUUGUGACAAUGACUUCAAUAUGAGCGAAUGGGAUUUUUAUGAGAAAGUAACGGCAUGGUUGAGACCAUGCGAAUUAUGUGAUGACCCUCAGUUAUUCUUCGAAGGAGUCGAUAUUCAAGAUGUCAGACAGGGCGUUCUUGGAAAUUGUUAUUUUUUGGCUGCAGUUUCGAAUUUAGCUUACAGAAAUCCUCGAAUCAUUAAGGGGUUAUUCAAAGAGUACGAUGUGAAAACAGGAAAAGCAGUGGUGCGAUUUUGGAAAGACGGAAAGGAAGUCCUUGUUACCAUCGAUGAUCGUCUCCCUUAUGGAGGAUGGGGCAAGGUUUUGGGAGCCAGGUCGGCCACAGUAAAUGAAUUUUGGAUUUGUUUGCUUGAAAAAGCAUUUGCCAAAUACAUGGGAGGAUACAAACAAAUUGGACAUGGAGGUCAAUCCGAUAUCGCUUUCAGCUUGUUAACGGGUGCUCCAUGCAUGCCAGGUCUCACUGUGACACCAAGUUCCAACCCUCUCGAUGUUUGGCGCUUCUUAAUGGACGUGAACAAGAGGGGAGACGUGCUUUUUGUGUAUUCUCCACAAAAUUAUAAGGAAACUGAGAAGGUUAGCGGUAUUAAGGAAUAUCAUGCAUAUGCAAUUUUGGAAACAGUGAAAGUCGAAGAUGAGGAUAAGAUUCAUCGUCUGAUUAAAAUUAUGAAUCCUUGGGGAUACAUGGCAAACGAAUUUACAAAAGAACAAAUCAAACAAAACUUUUCAAGUCUCGAAUGGACAGGUCGAUACUCAGAUCACAGCCCCGAGUGGACUCCAAAACUCAUCAAGAGAUUGAGUGUCGAAUUCAAAGAUGAUGGCGUGUUUUGGAUGUGUAUUGAGGAUUUCAUUCAUCACUGGAGAGAUGUGAAAGUCAACAAAUUUUCCCAAGUUUAUGAUUCUUUUUAUUGA